UAUUAAAUUUAAUGAGUCAUUAUCAAAAUCCAACCUACAAUCAUGGAUAGAUGAAAAAUUAAGUUGGGGUUUCCAAUUUAAAAAUGUUGGAUGGGGAAGACUUAAGUAAUUUGGCUAUGUUUAUAGGCUAUUAGCUGCUGGAGAUAGAAGAAAAUUGUAGUAACUGUAAAUGAAGGACUGGGUACAAUAACAAACUCAAGAGAAUCAACAAAAAAAGCAAUUAAACAAACAGAUAUAAUAAUAGUAUGAUCAACAAACAUUGUAAAUAAAUCAAAGUUUGAAAGAGUUGGAAUAAGAACAGUAAAGGAGAAGAGUAGAAAUGGAAAUUGCUAAUUAGCAAAUUAAUAAUCAAUUGGCAAAAGAAAAAUAAGAUCGGGAAGAAUAUAUGGCUAGAUAGGCUCAACUUGAAAAGAAAUAACAUAUGGAAGAAAUCAUGAAUAAUGAUGUUUGGACAGAAAAGUAAAUCUAAUAGUUAUUUUUUAGUACUGCUACUUGUUAAAGUGCUCUAGCUCCUCAUAGAGUAAUACCGUAUCAUUAUAAGGGUAUGUCAGAUCAAUAGAGAUAAGAUAUCAGAAAUGAUUAAGCUAAAUAGAGAGAAUUCAAUGAACAAAAAAGAUAAUAAGAAAAAGAAGAUGAAAAGAUGUGGGCUCAAUAUAAUGAAGUAAUUAUAUUUAUUUAUUUCUUUAGCAUAAUAGAAAACAAUUAAUUAUCCAAGAAAGAGAGAAAGCAAGAAAAUUACAAACGCUGAGAAAUAAUCAAAAAGAAUUCAACUUAUUGUCAUAAACUGAAUAGAAACUUAAAUUAAAAAAUGAAUAUGCAUGACAAUCCAUUAUAAC